AUGCCUCAGAAACGCCAUCGGAUCGAUUUCUCGAUGAUAAGAAGACGGCACAACAUUUCUUCCACAUCUUCUUCAGACCUGUCUCCCACUAUUCCGGUUCUCGAGUCCCCGGUUUCCUUCCAAGCAUUGACACCGCAGAGUAUCUCAGAGGCGACACUAAAACAAAGCAGGCUGAAUCGCACCCCCGUCAAGCCGUCCAUGUUUUUUGAAGAACGGGAAGAGGAUGAAGAUGGCGCAGUGCCCAAUUUGACCAGCGGUGACCCCAAGGACGGUCGAUCAGCCCGCGCCGUACACAAGAGCUGUGCAGACGAGAGGCUAUUGUGUCGGACUAAGAGCCAGUUCUUCGAAGACUCAUCCAGAAACCGCCACCCCUGGAUUUCUCCAAGUGCUCACAUGAGUCAGGACUCUCUCGUCGUGAUUGAGAUCAAGAUGAACAUCAAGAUCAAAGACGAAAACCCCCUCAUCUCUAGCAUCACUACAAAGAUGGCACAAAUUUACCAGAGAUCUGAGUCGCUCAUGGUGGUCACUAUCCAGCAAGGUUCGUGUCUUCAGUUUGGGGAUAUGGCGCUUCCAGCAUACACGAUGAAAAUAUUUGCGCUGCCAUACCUCAUCGCCCCGAUUACCAAUCUCCGCAGCACGAUACUCAUUCAGGCGGCGCUUCAAGAGAUUAUCCAUAUUGCACCAGCUCGAGGCGUCAUUCUCUAUAUCCCGGUUGCUGAGGAGAACAUGGCAACUAACAGUACGACAAUGAUGGGCGAAAUUUUCCGCUUGGAUCCAGAAACUCACGAUCGGGAGCCUGGAAUCUUCAAAUCCAUUUCCCGCUCAUUGAGCAGGAGAAAGAAGUCAAGCAGCGGUCAAAGUGUUCCUCUAUCCGUUGCCACAACCUCUUCAUGGGCGGUGGGUAGCGAUCAACCGAGCGCAAAACGAGUCACACCUUCGGGAUCAGAAGAUACCAAUACAUCUCUAGAAGGGGCUAAUGCACGACCCGGAAGGCCCUCAAAGACACUGCGACUCUUUGUGUCCCGUCGGAUACCAGAGAAGUCGGGAAAGUCGGGCGACGGCGAAUAG